ACAAUCAUGAUUAAGCAAAAACUCACUUGGGGCAGACCCGUAACGUCGGAUAUGAUACGCAGAUAUGUACCUAUAUACCUAUAUACCGUAUACUAAUUACCAUCUACAACAAAAUGGAACAAUGAGUUUAUCAUAGAAUUCAUUUGGUAAUUUAUAGCUUACAAAAUUAUAAUUUGGUCGUUUGACGUACAUAUGGGAUAUGGAUUCUUAAAUGUGUAAAUGAGCCUUGAGAAUAUGCGCAUGCAAGUAUAUAAUACAGAUAAAUGUUGUCAUGACGUCUACUUGUAUCGCAGUUCGAAUGCAAAAUGAAAUGCUCGUGUGAAGUGCUUAGUUAAAUAGUAUUGCAAUAUAAUUAUUAAGAGUGCUUCAGUGGGGAGUGCCCGACUAGCAGAUACCCAUGCUGAUAAUCGACGCAUCAAUCUAAAGAUGUCGAGAAUUGCACAAUUUCAGCACAACUUACAUUUUAGCAUUCACUUGCGAGUUUGAAUUCAAAACAAAAAGUAAUUGCUAUAAACAUUAACGUUAUCAAACAGUUUAUUUCAACUGUUUAGCUGGCAGUUGCAGCAGCUAAAACCAUUUAUUGAUUAGCCUUAUCGGAAAACUGACCUACAAGGUAGAUAGAACCAGAUACAGUUACCACCUAUAAAUACGCCGAAUAGUAAGCACUCGAGCCACACUUGGCAAACAGAAUUGCUGCUGGUAACUUGUUACAAUAGCUGGCAAAAUGGUUUUGGUAACAAUUACACUCCUGGUGCUGGCCGCAUCUCUGGGCUAUGUGUUCCUCAUCUGGAACUAUAGCUAUUGGCGCAAGCGGAAUGUGCCUGGUCCGAGCCCGGCAAUACUUACCGGCAACUAUCCCAACAUGAUCAAAAUGAAGCAACAUGCUAUACAAGAUCUUAAUGAGAUUUAUUGCAAAUACAAGCAACAAUAUGAUGCAGUUGGCAUUUAUUCAUCACGGUCUCCUCAGCUGCUGGUUGUAAGUCCGGAGCUGGCACAUCGUGUCUUUGUUUCGGACUUUAAGCAUUUCCACGACAACGAACUGGCCAACCUGGUGGAUGAGAAGUCCGACUUUAUAGUUGGUAACAAUAUUUUCACACUGACCGGUGACAAUUGGAAAGAGCGCCGCGCCGAUAUAACUCCAGGAUUAACCAAUAGUCGCAUUAAAUCGGUUUACCCCGUGACCAACCAAGUAUGCAAGAAGAUGAACGAAUUCAUUCGCAAACAAAUCCGCAGUGCAGCACCUGAUGGCUUGAAUGGCAAGGAUAUCAGCCUCUGCUUUACCACAGAAAUGGUCACCGAUUGCGUGCUCGGCCUCAGUGCUCAGAGCUUUACCGACAAUCCCACGCCAGUGAUGGGCAAAAUAAAGGAUAUGUUCCAACAGUCCUGGAGCCUUUUGCUCAACUUUGUCGCAAUAUCCUUCAUACCCUCAUUGAGUAAAAUCAAUAAGCUACGUAUAGUGCCCAAGCAUGUCGAGGCAUUCUUCGUGGAUUUCAUGCAGGUAGCGAUUGAUACGCGCCACGCCCAACGGGCAGCUGGCCUGCAAUCCGAUCGCGUCGACUUUCUGGACUACAUUCUGCAGCUGGCCAAAAAGCGGAGCCUUAACACGCGACAGGUAACUGCCCAGUCGAUGACCUUUCUGCUAGACGGCUUUGAGACAACGGCCUCUGUUCUGGCCCAUACUCUGCUGCUGUUGGGACGAAAUGCCGAGGCACAGCAGCGGCUGCGCGAGGAGCUGCAGUCACAUCUAAACGAUGAGGGCUUUGUUGCCUUCGAUAAGCUUGUCGAGCUACCCUACCUGGAUGCCUGUGUGCAUGAGUGCCUUCGACUGUUUCCACCGCUGCCGAUAUCCAACAAACUGUGCACUCGAACCAUCGAGCUGUCCAAUCGAAACGGACCUAAUUUCACCAUAGAGAAGGGCACCACAGUCCUUGUGCCUCAUUCCUGCUUUAUGCUCGACGAAGAUUACUUCCCCAAUGCCCAGGAGUUUCAACCCGAUCGCUUUCUGGAGCCCAAUGCGAUCAAAAUGUAUCGCGAGCGCGGCAUCUUCAUGGCAUUCGGUGAUGGUCCUCGCAUCUGCAUAGGUAUGCGCUUUGCUCUGGCCCAGAUUAAAGCAGCUCUCGUCGAAAUUAUAACCAACUUUGAUGUAAAAGUCAAUCCGAAGACUCGCAAGGAUAACAUGUAUGAUCCACUUGGCUUUAUUUCUUCCCUCAACGGCGGCAUUUGGUUGGAUUUCAGUGCUCGUCAAUAGGCGGUAUAUUGAAGUCGAAAUGUGGUUUUACAUUAAACGUAAAUAUGCAACAACAGAAACAAGUAAAGUGCGUCCAACUUGUAGAUACCCCUAAACUUCUUCUCCCAACACCAAAUGCAGCUAUUGUUACGCGCCCGUUUGCCCCAGACUAACAAUUUUGUCUGCCCAUUUAAUAGGUAAAGGCACAUUCGAACAAUAAUAAACAUAAAUUCACGUUGAAAA